AUGCUAAUGUUGCAGAUCCAAGCUGGUCUCAGCAAGUCACUUACGAAGGUGUCUGACCCCAGUCUACCUCUUUGCUGGAAAGGGCAGAAAGUGUUUAAAUCUGUGUCUGACAUCAAGAAGGAGUUCAAAUCACUCUUCCUGAUGUUUUCGAAGAAUACAGCCAUGGAGAUCGCUCCUGAAAACUACCUCAUUGUUACCAAAAAUGGAAAUGUGUGCUUGGGCAUUCUUGACGGGUCGGUGGCCAAACUUAAUUUCAACAUAAUUGGAGAUAUCACAAUGCAGGAUCAGUUGGUAAUUUAUGACAAUGAGAAAGGGAAACUUGGAUGGAUCCGUGGAUCAUGCAGUAGGGGCACUAAGUAUAGUAUAUCUUCAUUUACAUGGUAUUUGCUUAUAAUCCAACUGUUAGCCCAUCCGUUAAAAAGCUGGAUAUAUCAUUAUUGAUGGAACUGGCCAACUGGAGGAAGCUACUAUUGGCUUGAAAACCCUGAGAUAUUGACACUCUCGGAACUGAAGAGAGUUCAAGCUAUUGCAAUCCACAGAAUAGGCAAUAGGCGGACAAAAAUUACAGUAACAUGGCUGGGUAAACUGGACGAUGUAAGUGGAGAAGGAUGACCAUGCCAUAUCACAUUGGCGGAAAGGAAUAUAUUAACCAGUAUGCUUCUCCUGUUCGUAAUAAGAUGGAAUCUGUAUUUUACAUCUUUGGCUUGAAUUGUUCUUUACUUUUCUUUAUCUUAGUUGGGUGAUAUAUCUAUGCUUUACAUUCGUUUCAGUGUCCAAGGCAACUUUUUGACAAGUAGUUUUUCCAGUAUAUCUGUGUCAAAUCUUGUGUUCAGUGUCCUAGGUUCUGGUCUUUCACCUAAAAACCUUUAACUCCAUAAUUUUUUUAUUAGGACUUAACCAUGACUAGGCCCUACCUUUGAAACUUUAACUCCUCAAUAUUUGAGGAGUUACU